GUUUGGCAGACGGCUCACCUUCAGGAACAUUACUCGUAUGUCACCAACCUUGUUCAACAAAUUGCUGUGGAUGGUAGGCCCUUCAUUGUUCAAAAAAGACACCAACAUGAGACGUUCUAUCCCAGUUGAGCAACGAUUAGCAUUGACUCUGAGAUGCCUCGCAUCAGGAGACUGUAUGCGAUCUCUUUCAUAUUCCUUCCGGAUAGGCCAUUCCACUGUUUCUAAAAUAGUGAACGAAACAUGUAGAAUAAUGUACGAGAUCCUUGCUCCUACCUAUUUGCAAUUGCCAGAUACAAAUAUGUGGAAACUAAUAUCAAAUGACUUUUCCAAAAUUUGGAACUUCCCAAAUUGUGUCGGGGCUGGAGAUGGAAAACACUUCGCCAUGCAAUGCCCUAACAACGGUGGCUCCUACUGGUAUAACUACAAAGGGUUCCAUAGCAUGGUGAUGUUUGCCGUUUGUGAUGCAAAUUACUGUUUCAUUGCUGUUGACAUUGGGGCUUAUGGCAGAGAGGGCGAUGCGAGUAUAUUUGCAUCAUCACAAUUUUCGAAAUACUUGGAUGACGGUUGUCUGGGUAUUCCAGGACCAUCAAAACUUGUUUACUCAGAUAGUUUAUCCCCUUACGUCUUUGUAAUGGAUGAUGCAUUUCCAUUGAAAAAAAACAUAAUGAAGCCAUAUCCCGGCCGAAGCACAGGAUCAUUAACGAAAGAAGAACUAAUAUUCAAUUACAGGUUGUCUCGUGCAAGAAGAACUAUUGAAAAUGCUUUCGGAAUUGUCACCAACAAAUUGCGCAUUUUCCGCAAACCGAUGAUUGGAAGCCCUCAAAAUGUUGAAAAUUACAUAAAGGCAGGUGUUGUCUUGCACAAUAUGCUGAUUCGCGAAGACAGCCGCUUCUACUUGAUAACCAAAAAACUACCGGAUCAUUUUGAUGUAAAUGGAGUUUUAAUCGAAGGUGCCUGGAGGACGGACAAUACAAUGACAUCAAUGUUUCGUGACUUGCGGCCAGGAAAAGGAAUCAACUAUCCAACUGUCGCCAAAAACAUUCGCGAUCAGUUUACAAAAUAUUUUUCGAAUGAAGGUGCAGUGCCAUGGCAGAGGGUCAUUGUCGAAGAUACAGGCAGAAUUUCUGAGGAGGAAGGUUAAUGAAUAUUAACUAGGAAUAGUUGCUCGAAAUGAUUUGUAUUGCUGAGAUCAUUGAUGUUUGUAAUAACGAUGAGCAACGUAAUACAAUCAUUUUGUUUCAUUGCAA